CAUUGAUUGUUGUCACAAUCUUAAUGCUCGGGAGCAUGUUCGGAUCUGCCGAUAAGUACUAGGUUCAGUCCAGUUAUGGAAUCUUGCUCAGAACAGGCUUUGUUGGGAAGCGGGGUUAGUCGAUGGAUUUCAAGUAUGUGAUGAAGGAUCCCGGGGUAAAAGGUUUCCAUGGAUAAGAGGAUCAUCAUGGCACACUACGGAAAGUCCGGCAACUUUGACAUCCGGACUCCCUCUUUUACCCUGGGCGAAGUUUAUCAAAAGUCUUAUAUAGCUGGAUAUCGAAAUGCCAGAGGAAAAGAUAAUCUGUUUAUCUUUGAGUCUCGUCCACGAUCGAAAAUCGACUCAAACACUAGACCUCAUUUUCAGCGCUUCUCUGUUGUGGUCAUCCAAGAUCAUUACUUUCUGAAGGUUUAUAGGAAUUUAGUCGAUAUGACCGGCGACGUCGUACCCUAUGGGAGAUUGCCAGACGACCUGGAUGCCACCGCAGCGGCCCAGUCUUGCAUAGAGAAGCUCAAUUCUCUCGACGCGCAAGACCUCUAUGCGCAUGCCGCAUGGCGCGAUGUCCUGGCCUUUACGCAUUCGUUCAGAACUUUCCGCCAGGCUGAACAGAUUAUGUCGGUCUGGAAGGAACUCUCCAGCACCCGUCAGCCGGAGAAAUUCAAGCUUCAAGAAGGCAGCGCGAAAGCAGUGCAGCUUGGUCCUGUUGCAUUCAUCAGUGCACGGUUUACAUUCGAAACUCGAGGGCCUCUACCUGCUGGUUGCUCUGGCGUGAUUCACAUUAUUCCAGAUGCUAAGGAAGGGUGGAAGAUUUGGAUGCUGACCACGUUCCUGAAGAGGGCCGAUUUGUUAGGCGAUCCUGACGUGCUCGAGAAGGUGCAGGCACCGCUGUCAAAUGGUGUGGCCAACAGCACUCAGAAUCUGGACGGUACCCAGGAAGAGGUGAUGGACUGCGUCAUUGUCGGCGCUGGCCAGAAUGGUCUCGCUACUCUCGGUCGCCUCAAGGCACUUGGUCUGAGAGCCGUUGCACUAGAAAAAUAUGCUCAAGUUGGUGGUAGUUGGUUGGCCAGGUACGAUUCUGCUAAGUUGCAUACAGGAAAAUGGUAUGCCUCAAUGCCGUUUGACCAGACAUUCCGAAGUGAUGAAUACCCAUACUUCCUCAUGGGAGCGGACUUGGUACGGGGAUUCACAGAAUAUGUGAGAGACUACGGACUCGACGUUCGACUCUCGACCAUUGUAGAGUCUGCAAGAUGGGAUGAGCACGCAAAGAUUUGGACGAUUAAUGCAAAGCAAAAUGGCACUCAGUUUACUAUGAAAGGCCGUCAUAUUGUAUUUGCGAUAGGAGCCGAUCAAAAACCAUCCAUGCCGAAUUAUCCGAAUCGAGAGGCUUUCAAGGGAGUUGUCAUCCAUUCUGUUGAUUUCAAAUCUCCAAAAGAGUGGAAGGGUCUGAGAGGCGUAGUAGUGGGAACGGCCAAUACCGCACACGAUGUUGCCGAAGACAUGGUCGAGGACGAGUUAGCCUCAGUGACUAUGCUUCAGAGAAGUCCGACAAUCGUCAUUCCAUAUGAUUUCUUCAACGCCGCUCAUUCACGUCACUACAACGCCGCGUCCAAGUUGAAUGAAUCAGAUGAAUUCGAAUGGGGUUUGCCUUGGCCGUUCUACGAAGCAAUACCGGAGAUUGCAUUCAAGGAGUUUUCGACCAAGAAUCCAGAGCCAUUUGACGCAUUGGAACGUGUCGGGUUCAAGACAAAGAGAACUCCUAAUCUCGCCAAAGAGAUCCGAACCCGUGGUGGUGGACAUUAUCUCGACGUAGGGUGUUCCAAAUUAAUAGCUGAUGGUUUGGUGAAGGUGAAGGGGGGUGAAAUCGAAAGCUAUACAUCUACGGGACUUAGAUUCACUGACGGCAGCACCUUGGAUGCGGACGUGAUUGUCUUCUGCACAGGUUUCAGGACCAAUAUACGGCUUGAUGUUCAGGAUAUAGUUGGGCCUGAAAUUGGGGGUUUACUGGAGGAUUGGCCGAGGCAGAAUGAGGAAGGCGAAUUUCCUGGGUUUUUUGCAGCACAAAGACAUCCUGCCAUAUGGUAUGCCACGGGUGAGCUUGGGAUGGCAAGAUUAUAUAGUCGCUAUUUGGCACUGCAGAUCAAGGCUGCGAUUGUUGGUGUAUUUGAGCCGAAAGCACUGAGCAGUGGUCCCCUCGGCUGCUAAAGACAUAUACAUUUUACAGGGGCGAAUCGCCUGAGGAAGGACCCUGUAAUUAAGCGAGGAACGCCUGAAACUCGCAUGCUAUCGGCGACUAGUGUCCCGCUUCGGCGCUGCCCACUGGAAAGGGUGUUUUGAGCAGUUGAUCGAGGAUUUUGAGGAUAUGAAGGAGCAGGAUAAUGAGAUAGAAUUUACGAAUCAUAUAGUCUUAGACGUCGGGGAGCAAAGAUUGAAGAGUUGAGAUGUUUCUCGAUCUGAAUCCACGCACAUCUCGGCUUUGUGUGCAGCAAAACCUUGUGGUAGAUUAGGCAGGGAAGCCUGGGUGGUCAGUAGCUGGAUGUUUCAACAUUGACGGGAUGGUGUUGAAAGUUUAGUUUUUCUCAAGUGCGGAGUUGAAGUAAUUUGUUAUUUUGAGACCACGGUUACACUUGGUUAUUAUGCUUGCUUCAAGAC